AUGAAGAAUAAAGUAAUCCAGACGGACAUAAUCCAUACAAGCAGCCUGUUGAUCCACAUUGUUGCCCCGGUGUUGUACCAACCCUCCAGAGCAGGGGAGGAGACGGAUCCAAUGGCCGCCAACAGCCGACAAGGAAGGCGCACCUCCUUACCCCCAGUCCCAGAAGAGUUGCGGCUGACGAACACCUUCCAAAAACCAGACCGGCGGUCUUCACACCAGGCAGCGACCUCUGCUUCCCGACGAAGGAUCCUCAGGGAGGCGGUGAUCAGCCGCUCUGGUGGUUCUCCUGACCCUGAUCCAAUGCGGAGUCCUCCCAGGUCUGAUGUUGCGGCCCUGCCGCAGCCUCUGCCUGCACGGACACGCUCCCCAGGGCCUAUGAAGGAGCCUGUCCCUUCUCAACCUCGUCCCCUUUUCUCUCCAACAACCCUUAUAGUGGGUGAUUCGAUUACCCGGAAACUUCGGUUUGCGAAUGCAGCUACACACUGCUUUCCUGGAGCAACGGUCCCCAUCAUCCUGGGUAUCCCUAUUCCUGUUCGUGUGACCAAUAGGCCUAGAUUGUCUGACCCCUACCGUCGUGAUAGUCAGGCUUGCCGUGGUAUGCGAGUGCUCUGUCCAGUUGCACAUAUCUUAAAUUCUCCCUCCCCCAGUGUCGAUUCGGCUGUUACUCAACAGGGGGCUGCCUUGGAGUGGUUUCGGUCGUACCUAUUGGACAGGAGUUUCUCUGUCCAUGUGGGAGAUUACUCCUCAGAUACAGCCCCACUCACUUGUGGAGUCCCCCAGGGCUCUAUUCUAGGUCCUAUAUUAUUUUCUUUAUAUAUGCUGCCCCUGGGGUCAAUUUUCAGGAAGCAUAACCUUUCUUUCCAUUGCUAUGCUGAUGAUGUACAGAUUUACUUACCUGUAAAAUCUCAAUGCAAGAAAUCACUGCAGCUUUUACUUGCAUGUCUUAAAGACUUAAAAAACUGGAUGGAUGCUAACUUCCUGCAUUUAAAUGAAAAUAAGACAGAGGUCAUUAUGUUUGGACAUCCAGCUCAAUUGGAGGACAUUGUUGGUGCUUUGGGCCCCCUGACCCCCAAAAAUGUUCCUGCUGCGAAAAGCCUUGGUUUCACCUUUGACAGUGCCUUUAAACUUGAGAAGCAAAUUAGUGCUGUUGUCAAAGCUGCCUUUUUUCAGUUAAGACAAAUAGCCAAGGUCAAGGCCUAUCUUUCUCAAAAAGAUUUGGAAAGAGUGGUCCAUGCUUUUAUAACAUCUCGGCUGGACUACUGCAACUCUCUAUAUAUAGGCUUAGACCAGUCCUCUCUCUGCUGUCUGCAGCUAGUGCAGAACGCUGCUGCCCGCCUUCUGACUGGCAAAAAGAAACGGGAACAUAUUACACCAGCACUGACAUCCCUACAUUGGCUUCCUGUCCGUUACAGAAUAAAUUUAAAAAUUUUAUUAUUUGUUUUUAAGGCAAUGAAUGGUCUAGCACCUACGUACUUGUCUGAACUCCUCAAUAUGUAUACCCCAGCUAGAUCACUUAGAUCAUGCAAUCAGCAACUUUUGGAUGGGAGGCAGCGGGCGGACCGGACUGUCGGCACCACGAACCUGGAUAGCCACAACGAGGGAACCAGCGUCAGAGUCCUGAGGGUUCAAACAGGAGGCGAGGCACACGGGCUAACUGUGCACGGGAGAAAACGGAGAGACACGGGUAAGUAA